ACUAAUCUGGUCCAGUUGGAUGAGCAGAGUUGAACAUGAAAACUGAGAGGAGGAGACAUUGAUUAUAACUGAGCAAUCUGACAGAUAACGUGUCACUGUGACUGGUCCAAAGUUCAAUGUCGACCGGCACCAAGAGACAGGGACACACUCAGACAGACUGAACCAGAGAAGGGUGAGAAAGAGAGAGAGAAGUACAGAGGAAAAGAGAAACACAUGAAAUACUCUGGAAGGAGGCAGGACUGAAGAAAGGAAACAGGUACAGCCCAGAUACAUACAGGCCUUGGUUCUGAGAGAGAUGGACAUCCUUGAAACAGCCGCCUAUGACCGAAGACAGCGCAGGAACACGUACAUCCUUGAAACAGCCGCCUAUGACCAAAGACAGCGCAGGAACACGUACUGUGUUCUGUUUCUCUCUCUCUCGCCGUUCUUCCUGGCCAUCGCUGUCUACUUCUAUCUGUGGAUCCCUGACUCCUCCCCCUCCGUCCUCGCUGCGGCUAUUAAGGCCGCUCCUGUCAUCUCAUUGGCUCUCCUGGUGCUGAGCUACGAAGGGGGGAGGAGUCUUCUCGGCGUGGCGGGGGGCCUGAUCUUCUCGGCAGGCGGAGACUGUUGCCUCAUAUGGCCCGAGCUGUUUCUCCAUGGAAUGGCCUCCUUCGCCUUGGCCCACCUGAUCUACUCCCUCACCUUCCUCUCCACUCGUUACUCCUCCCUCAGCCCCUCCUCUUCCCUGUCCUACUUCUUCUGCCUGAUCCUGUGGCUGCUGGGGGGAGGCGUCUACGCCUACCUCUUCCCUUUCCUGCAGAAGACACCGGACGCGGCCGUUCUGACUCCCGGCGUUGGGGUGUACGUGGCUCUGAUCGUUCUGAUGGCUACGCUGGCGGUUCUCACCCGCCGCCCGCUGAUCAUGCUGGGCAGUUUGAUCUUCAUGACCUCUGACCUCACGCUGGCGCUGCAGACCUUCAAAGCGACGGAGCCCCUGGAGCACGGCAGGCAAAUCAUCAUGACGACGUACUACCUGGCGCAGCUGCUGAUUGCCGUGGGUGACAUCAAGGCCGUGGAGGGCGAAGAUGAGUUUGCCAAAUGGAAGAAAUCUUAGUGAAGGGGACAUCCCGAAGUGUGCAAAUAACUUCACACUUUCUCACAUGGAUUUCACAAUGGUGGAAACUCCCUUCAGCCAAUGCUUACUUAUACUAAUCGCAUGCUUUUAAAACAAUGACAGGGAGUGUUCAAGUGCACAAUUCCGGAAAAGGGUGGAGAAUCGGGACGUUGCUAUGGAAAGCAAACUUGGGACUACUGCUCUCUGACUAGUCGGCAGCUAUAGGAACUUCAGGCUGUCUGUUGAGACUAGACUGUCUGUUGAGACUAGACUGAGAAUGAGGCAGAAAGAAGUUAAAGGGAGAUUCCACCAAAGAAAAUCCUCUUUAUUCAACAAAACCUCAGAGUAUCAGGAAAGUCUGUCCAUUUGUUGAGAAAGCUCAGGGAUGGGCCUGGGAAACAUAACCACUGCCAAAAUUCAGACAGCUACAGAUGCAAGGACUGACAUGAGAUCGACAUGACAAUAUUUUCAAUAGUCCAGAAUAAAGUUCAAUUUAGUCAAGAA